AUGGCGGCCAGCAGUGAAGCCACCUUAGCGUUUUUGAGUCAGGAGAGCCGAACGCCGGCCAGGGGCGUUGGGGGCUUGCGAGUCCCGGCCCCCGUCACUACGGAUUUCUGCUGUGAGCUCUCCGGCCACACCCGGUCCCUCAUCUUUAAGGUAGACGAAGAGGAUGGUGCGGAGCACGUGCUGGCACUAAGCAUGCUGUGCAGCACCGAGGGAGGCAAAGACGAGUGUCAUGUGGUAGAAGUGGCCCGGAACCAUGACCAUCGGGAGAUCGCAGCCCCUGUGGCCAACCUCAAGCUAUCCUGCCAACCCAUGCUCAGCCUGGACGACUUCCAGCUCCAACCACCUGUAACUUUCCACCUGAAGUGGGGCUCUGGCCCUGUACAGAUCACCGGGAGGCACCAGAUUGUUACCGUGAGCCAUGAUGUUUCUGAGGAGGAGAUCGAGGAAGAGGAAGAGGGCAAUGAGGAGGAGGAAGCUGAGCUGUGCCCCAUCCUUCCUGCCAAAAAGCAGAGGGACAGGCCCCGGCCCUCCUUGGUCAGUUCCACGCGCCACGCACCGCCAUGCACCCUGUUCCCCAACAAGUUUCAAGAAUUGUAA